ACGUCAACAAGGACAAUAUGACAUGCAAUUUGAUAUCUACUUCAGUUCAAACGGACUGGGCUGGACUCAUAGAAGUGGAGGAAUUAUUUCCGGUUCCUUUCGUCAUUGAAGAACAAGCAAACGACAGUUUUGAGGAUUUUCUUACUCACGACAUCGAUUUUGAGGAGGUGACGUUGCGGAAAAGCGGGAGUGCCGAGAAGCUUGGACUGACUGUGUGCUAUAGCUCUGGUUCCGGCAGUGAGGACCUUGACACCGAGGUUUAUAUCUCGGAAAUAGUUCCUGAAAGUCUAGCAGCCCGAGAUGGCCGGUUACGAGAAGGAGAUCAAAUUUUGCAGGUCAAUGGCAAGGAUGUCGCGAACAAGGAGCAGACCGAGAAUCUGUUCGCCGAAACGAAAAACGCAGUGACUAUUCUCGUCAGUCGAUGUGUAUAUCAAGACGAUGAAUACGAUGAUAGACGCAUCUAUCAACAGGGUUCGCCACCGCUUUCGCUCCAAAACCUGCCAGCAUAUCAGAAUAGCAUGAUCGAGCAACUGAUCCAGCAACAACAAACGGAGGAACGUACUAAAAACAGCGAGGUAGACAAUUGCACCCUGAAAACGCCUCCACCCAUACCAUCUCAUACUCAGCAGCAACAGCAACAACCACAGCAGCAGCAACCGCCGCUACCGCAACAACAGCAAUCUGUUAACAACUUUUCUACAAAUUCGUCGUCCACAUGCUCAUCGCAAAGCUCACACAAAUCCGCAGACAAGAACGCGAUCUUGCCAGAGCAUCGUACAGAAGAAUGCAAUAAGCAAUGGAUGCAGGAAUCACUGAAGGAUUGUUUAAAGAGACUCGAAGAUAUAUCCCUGUGUGAUCAGCAAUCGAGUACACUAGAGGCAACACCGCUGUCAGUGAAGCUCAUUGAGGCGUACUCGAGCCACGUGUGGAGUGAUUCCGAGCACAUCUAUGAAACAAUACCAGAAUCAGAUAGCGAGCCAAUCUACUCAUCGCCAUACGAGCACCAUCAACAACAUUGGACGCAGAAAACAAACCAUGCCAUGACAACGCAGCAUAACGGAACCGCGCAGAACUAUUUGACCAGCGGCCAGCAAAAUCAGAAAUGGCAUUCCUCCUUAAAGAGCAACAGUUCCGGCGAAGAAAAAGAUAGCUCAAGCGCUUACAACACCGGCGAAUCCUGUCACAGUAAUCCUUUAACGUUGGAGCUGCAUGAGGGUGAGAGGGAUCAUUAUAAGAGCACACUGGUAUUAUCCCCGCCGAAGACGCCACAACAGCAGAAGAUCGGUUGUAAUUGUCCCAUGCUGGUAACGCCAACCGCAACGUUCGCAGUGACAAAGCAAUCAUUGAAAAAUCAAAACGUAAAGAAGAGCUCAUCGUCAUCGCAUCAUCACAGAGACCGCAAUGAAUCUUCGUCGAUGAACAUCAACACUAUGGCAGCCGAUACUAUGUACACGAACGUGGCAAAUUUACAGCAAACAAUGAUGCUUCAACAGCAACUAUUCAAACAAGCACUCAACCGCAAAAACCUCAUGACAUCUAAAAAGAUGUUCACAAGCGGUGUGAAGAAACUCAAGUCGUAUGGUAAUUUUCAGGCACCAAAUCUCACACAAUACCAAUUCGUCGGUAGUCAACAAGUAUGUACGUCUACUACUUGGAUACCAACAGAAGACAAGAGCGAGGUGCAAAUGGAAUGGAAAGUGAAGAGGAGAGCGGACGGGACGAGGUACAUUGCCAGACGGCCAGUCAGGAAUCGAAUACUUCGGAACAGAGCAAUCAAGAUAACAGAAGAAAGAACCGGUCACACCACCGAAGACGAUACUAUAUCGGAAAUGAAGGCCGGACGCUAUUGGAGCAAAGAGGAGCGUAAACGGCAACUGGAACGUGCAUGCGAGCGCAAGCAACGUCAACAGGAACUGAUACUACAGCAAGAACAGGAGCAGAUACAACAGACUAACGAUCUGCUGAUAUGCGAACAUAUAGAGGACAAGGUGUCCAAGAAGCCAUUGAACAUCGUCGAGCUAAGUUACAAGAAAAUGGUGCGUAAAAAAACGACUCUGGAUGAUUUUACCACCGUUCAAAAAAUGUUGGUUCAUGGAAAUAGAAUGGGCACAGAUGGACCUAGCAUAGGCGGGAAAUUAAUGGGUCUACUGUCGGUUACCACGGUGUAAGUAGACCCGUGUAUCCUUCAUAGAAACUAAUCAUUCAGAUAUCGAAAUUUCGGAUAUGAGUACAAGGAUGUUUUAUGGACACGAGUAUGUGAAUGACUUUAUACGCCAAAGAAAAUUUGAAAUCUUUGAGCAGCGUAACACUCAUCUCGAAUUAUCUUUUAUACCAACCUCUCGCCUGCAAAAAUGUGCCUCACACAAGUAACGAAGGCAAUGUUAUAAAGUUGCAAUAAAG